AUGGCGACCUCCGGCCUCCUGUACGUGACGAUGCAGCCUCGUCCCUCCCUCCCGGCUGCCCAGUUCCACGACUGGUACAACUCCGAACACGGUCCUCUACGGCUUCGUCUCCCCUUUAUCACAAAUGGCUUCCGCUACCGAGCCGUCGACGGCGCCGAGCCCGAAUGGGUGGCCCUCUACGAUAUCACCGACAUGGACGAGCUCACGCGCGAGACGUACCUGUCCCUCCGCGGGGACACAAUCAAGACCCCGCGCGAAAAGGCGACCAUGGCCCAGAUUGAUGUGGGCCGGAAACUCUACGACCUCCUGCAGGACGAAAAGGCGCCCGACUUCAAACCGCUUGAAGACCAAGCCGAUACCACUGCCGCUGGCCACAUCCUCAUCUCGAACACUUCAACCCUCCCCGCCGACAAGGAAGACGAUCUGAAGGCUUGGUACAAGGAGGAACACAUCCCCAUGCUUGCGCGCGUGCCGGGCUGGCGCCGCAGCCGCAUCUUCGUCACGGCAUCAAUUGACCCUAAGGCCCCUCGCGAAUUCGUUGCCCUGCACGAAUUCACACCUCAGAAUGGCCUCGGCGGGCCUGAGCACAAGGCGUCCAUGGAGACUCCCUGGCGCGCCCGCGUUUCCGACUACCUGACGUCUAAAACCCGCCGUGUCUACAACUGGGCAUACACAUUCGGGCCGGCGCCACGCGAGCUCUCCUCCCUUGCGUCGCCCGAUACCAUCGGCCCCUGGUCCUCGAACGACGGCCGCACCCGUACCCUCCCCGACCAGUCUAACCCCGCCGUCGAAUCCUACAUCACUACCCCCGACGGCGUCGAGAUCCCCUACCGUCUGGAAGGCUCGACGGACCCUCACGCCCCCGUCAUAGUCCUCAGCAAUUCCAUCCUAGUGGACUACAGCAUCUGGGACUCGUUUGUGAAGACAUUCCUCGCCGACGAGCGGAACAAACAGUUCCGUAUCCUCCGCUACAACACGCGCGGCAGGUCCGCUGCUGCGGGCGAAAACCCCAUCAACAUUGACGUUUUGGCAGGCGAUAUUAUCGCUCUUCUGGACGCCCUGCGCAUCCCUCAGGCUAUCCUGAUCGGCGUGUCUCUCGGCGGUGUCACAGUCCUCAACGCUUCUCUCCUCUACCCGAACCGCGUAAAGACCUUCAUCUCCUGCGACACGAACAGCUCCGCCCCCGAGACAAACAGGAAGGCAUGGAACGACCGCGCCGCGAUUGCGGAAUCCGAGGGCGCCACGCACCCCGAGACCAAGGAGCCCGUUAUCGGCGAGGAAUUGUCCGAGGUCACGGUGCGCCGGUGGUUCACGGAGAAGUCCUACGAGACGCAGCCUGAUGUUCCCGCCAAGGUGAAGGAGGUUGUUCGCGCGAACAGCCUUGUUGGGUUCAAGAAGGCGAUGCAGGCGCUUUGCGCGUAUGAUGUGCGCGAGAGGAUGCAGAAGGCGACUGUCAAGGGACUGUUUGUCGCGGGUGACAGCGACGGCGUCCUGCCCAAAACGAUGAAGCAGAUGGCGGAGGAUUUGAAGGUCGAAGGGGGUGCCGAGUUGAAGCUUGUUCCUGGCGCUGGACAUUUGCCUAUGGUUGAGCAGCCGGAGGCAUUUAAGGGUAUUGUUAAUGAGUUCUUGCAUCAAUAG